AUAAACUGCCGUGACCCGUGCGCGUGUACAAUUUAUUUAACCCGACUGUACGCUGUUCACUGUAGAAAAACAUAAUAAUAUUACUGUGCACGAGAUUCCGUCGCAACCGACGAGAUAUUAUUUCGUUCUGUAUUAAUUAGCGCCUCCACGCGAACAGGUUGUCCGCGCGGCACUGGUGUGUUCCACUCUUGGCAUACUCCUCGUCGAGCCGAGUCGUUCAAAUUUGAGUAUAGGUAUUUCACUGUUAUUAUCGGGCGCAUCCGACAAACGCGACAGUUUCGAGUGCACAUUACUACCGUUCAGAGAUGGCGACCCGAUGGGGAGUAAUAGGCACCAGCAAUAUUUCGCACGACUUUGCCGUGGCCAUGAGUACGUUGCCGCGGACAGAACACUUGAUCACGGCGGUGGCGUCCAAAGACAAGGCGAGGUCUCAAGAAUUCGCUCAACAGUUUGACAUUCCCAAGGCGUACGAUUCUUAUUCUCUGGUGGCCACCGACCCCGAAGUAGACGUUGUUUAUGUGGGCACCCUCAACGAACACCAUUACUCUGUCAGUCGUUUGAUGUUGGAACACGGUAAAAAUGUUCUAUGCGAAGAACCAUUCUGUCAAAAUACCAAACAAGUCCAACAGCUCGUUGAACUUGCGAGGUCUAAAAACUUGUUUAUUAUGGAGGCUAUGUGGAUGUUUUUCACUCCAGCGUUUACUAUUUUAAGAGAAGAAAUUAACAAAGGUACAAUUGGCGAACCUUUACAAAUUAUUUCUUCAUUUGGUACACCGAUGUCCGAAUCGCUAAUUCAACAGCGAAAUAGUGGAGGAUCAAUAUUAGAGUUAGCUGUAUUUUCAGUUUACAUGAGUCAAUUUCUAUUUGGCCCUGAAAAGCCACAAAUUUAUGGCACUUGUGGACAGUUAACAGAAUCUGGGUUUGACAAGGAUGCGAGUGUAAUUUUAAAGUAUAGUAAUGGCAGAAUUUCUACAUUUUUAAGCCAUUUUAAAGUUGACCUACCCAAUGAGGCGACUGUAUUUGGCACUAAAGGAAAUAUUAAAUUAUACGAUCCAUUUUGGUCAGCGACUAAAAUGUCUAUAAAUGGAUCAGACAUUAAUAUAGAUGUGCCUGAAACAAAAAAACCAACCAGAUAUGGAAAUAGUGUACAACUAAUCUACGAAAUUCAAGAAGUUAGAAAUUGUCUUCUGAAAGGUUUGAAUGAGAGCAGUAUAGUUCCAUGGUCUUUAAGUAUAGAGAAUGCAAUUUUAGUUGAAGAUAUAAGGAAAAAAUUAGGAGUAACUAUAUGUAAAUAAUAGAAACUAAAUUUGGUACAUAAUUUAUGUUUUACAUUUUAUCUUAUUGUUUCAAUUUUUUUAAUUAAGCUAAUAUAAUAAAAUAUUUGUUUAUGCUCAAAAACAUACUAAUGAAAUUAUAGAUAAAUAUAUUUGCAUUCUAUUGUACCUGCAA